AAAUGCUUCUCUAUAUACAUACUAUUUCUCCUCACCACUUUCAAAAAUUCUUCUUUCUUUUCUCAAAGCAUUCUUCAAAGAUUUUGUGUUAGUUUUUAGACAACAUUCUUAAAGAGAUGGAUGCACCUUUCUAUGCUUGGCCAUGGGAGUUCUUGGGCAGUUACAAGUAUGCUCUUUAUGUGAUUUUUCUUGCAAAAGACAUGUACACAAGAUUCCAACAAGAUAGGAUCAAAGAUUCUUGGACUCUUGAUACCUUAAAAGAUUCUUGGAUUCUUCACAUCCUCAUCUUGUCCAUGCUUAGGCUUAUUAUGUACCAAUCAUGGACUUCUUACAGCAACAUGCUGUUUCUGACUCGAAAUAGCCGUAUUAUAAAGAAGGGAGUUGAUUUCAAGCAGAUUGACAAAGAAUGGCACUGGGAUAAUUUUAUUUUACUACAAGCUAUGGUAGCAAAUUUGGUGAUAUCCAUGUUUCCAACAAUAGGAGAACAUCAUGUUUGGAACAAAAGUGGGUUCAUAACAACCAUACUAUUUCACAUAGCAAUUUCAGAGCCAGUUUUCUACACCAUACACAAAUGCUUCCAUGGAGACUAUCUCUUCUCUCACUACCACUUUCUCCACCACUCUUCUGCUGUGCCACAAGCCUACACUGCUGGACAUGCCACAUUCUUGGAGCAUCUGCUGCUGAUGAUGGUGAUCGGGAUACCGAUAAUCGGGACAUUCUUGAUUGGAUAUGGAUCUCUGAGUUUGAUCUAUUGCUAUGUUUUAACUUUUGAUUUUCUGAGAUGUUUAGGCCAUUCAAAUGUGGAAAUCAUUCCUUAUCAGACCUUUGAAGCCAUCCCAUUUCUCAAAUAUAUCAUCCUUACUCCAACGUAUCACAGCCUCCAUCAUGCUGAGAUGGGCACAAACUAUUGCCUCUUCAUGCCACUAUUUGAUGCAUUAGGCAACACCUUGAACAGGAAAUCAUGGAAAAUGCACAAGAGAAACUAUCUGAAUUCAGGGAAAAAUGGGAGGGUGCCCGAUUUCGUGUUCCUAGCACACGCAGUGGACAUGUCUUCCUCUCUGCACGCCCCCUUUGUGAACAGAUCAGCAGCAUCCAUGCCUUACUACACAAGAUUCUAUACAAUCCCAUUCCUGCCUGUAGCAUUCUUGGUGAUGCUUGCAAUGUGGGUCAAGUCUAGAACAUUCUUGAUCUCCUUCUACCACAUCCGCGGCCGCCUCCACCAGACCUGGGCUGUACCGCGCUUUGGCUUCCAGUUGUUUUUGCUGCAGUAUUUCUUGCCGUUUGCUGCGAAAGGGAUCAAUAAGCACAUCGAAGAGGCGAUUCUCAGAGCAAACAGAUUGGGAGUUAAAGUGAUCAGCCUUGCUGCCUUGAAUAAGAAUGAGGCUUUGAAUGGAGGCGGGACGCUGUUUGUGAACAAGCAUCCGAACCUCAGGGUCCGAGUGGUUCAUGGGAACACGCUAACAGCAGCCGUGAUCCUGAAUGAGAUCCCCGAGCAUGCCUCUGAGGUUUUCUUGACAGGAGCCACUUCUAAGCUGGGGAGAGCCAUUGCUCUGUACCUCUGCAGGAAGAAGGUCCGAGUUUUGAUGCUAACUCUUUCGACCGAGAGAUUCAAGAACAUUCAGGAAGAAGCGCCAGCCGACUGUGCGAAAUUCCUAGUCCAGAUCACAAAGUACCAAGCUGCACAGAACUGCAAGACAUGGAUAGUAGGGAAGUGGAUAACGCCAAGGGAGCAAAUGUUGGCACCGAGUGGGACCCACUUCCAUCAGUUUGUGGUCCCACCGAUCCUCCAGUUCCGGAGGGACUGCACCUACGGUGAUCUGGCCGCCAUGAAGAUGCCCGACGACGUGCAAGGCUUUGGAUCAUGCGAGUAUACGAUGGAGAGAGGAGUGGUCCAUGCUUGCCAUGCGGGCGGAGUGGUGCAUGCGUUGGAAGGGUGGACCCACCAUGAGGUGGGAGCGAUCGAUGUCAACAGAAUUGAUUUGGUGUGGAAAGCUGCCAUCAAACACGGGCUCAAGCCAGUGUCAGCUCAUUCAGUUUAGGACCACACACAAUCUUCGCCAUAAUAUCUAUAUCUAUAUCUAUAUCUAUAUUUAUUAUGUCUUGCUUCAAUCGCAAUUCAACUGUACUUUCUAGCUUUGCAUUCACCAAUUCAUGUAUUGGAAUUUUAUCUUGCUCAAUCAUCCAGGAAUUAGUUUUGUUUA